AUGGUUGAAUUGGAGGCAAAUGCAGUGGCAUCAUGGGAGGCCAUACCCAGAGAAAGGUUUUCUCGUCGGCUUGUGAGAGGCAUGUCUAACAGAAUACAGGAUGUCAUUGAAACCCACGCAAUGAGCUCGUUAGUUGUUGUAGCCAUUGAUUUUGGGACAACGUACUCAGGAUGGGCGUUUUCAUACAAGUCUGACUAUGAACGAGAUCCUCUGAAGAUAACAGCAAAGAAUAUUCCACACUCAACUUUAUCACUUAAAGUUCCGACGUGCAUUCUUAUAAACUCUGAUGGAACAACGCCAGAUUCUUUCGGUUAUGAUGCUGAGGACAGAUAUGCUGAAAUAUGCGAGAAAAAGGAACAACAUGAAUGCAAUUUAGGGAAACGAUGCACAAACUUUAUGAAGGGAGGCACAAAACAGGCUAAGAUUUCAGGAAACCUAAGGUUAUGUCUUGAACCUGAAGCCGCAUCUAUUUAUUGUCGACAUCUUCCAGUGUCAAUAGGUACCAAACAAGAAGUUACAUCUAUUUCCCAGUUUUCACCAGGAACAAAAUAUAUUGUCCUUGACGCAGGAGGACCUGUUGUCAUCUCAAAGCUCAAAAGUCAAUAUUUAGAGGAUUACAUUUACCUUUUCCGUGAAUUUGAAAUCAAAAAACGCAACAUUAUUCAAACUACAAGAUCCAUGACUAUGCGUUUUCCAGCUAGCCUUUCUGACUUAUGUCUAGAAGUCGAAGAAACGGAAUUAAGUGAAUUAAUACGACAGUCUAGAUUUGAAAGCAAAGUCCAAGUUUUACGAGAUAAAUUGAAAAUCGAUGGUGCUGUUUUCAACGAGAUUUUUGAACCAACCGUUCGCAAAAUAAUAAGUCAUGUCAAAUAUUUAUUGACGACACCUUCAGUUGAUGGUUGUGCUGCUAUUCUAAUGGUUGGUGGAUUUUCUGAAUCAUCCGUGUUGCAAACGAAUGUAAAGUCCACAUUCAAACACCUGAAAGUAAUCGUUCCAGACGACGCAGGAUUAGCAGUCUUAAAAGGAGCUGUCAUCUUCGGGCACAAACCUACAACAAUAACUGAAAGAAUAUGCAGGUUUACAUACGGGAAGAAUACUUCUCAUAGGUACAGUGAGAGCUGCAAACAUCGGAUGGGAAGAGUUGAAAAGGAUAAAAAUGGAGAUAUCAGAUGUUAUGACUUAUUCGACAUUCAUGUUAAAGCAGGACAGUCCAUUAAGGUGGAUGAAGAACAACCAGAGGCAAUAUACACACCUAUUACCGAUAGCCAAACCCGGAUUACCGCCGGGGUAUAUGCAUCCUCUUCAACAAAUCCGCAGCAUACUACAGAAGAUGGAUGCAAACGCAUAGGAACAUUGAUAGUGCCUAUUUCUGACACAAGCUCUGGAAGAAACCACGAAUUUGGAAUAAGUUUUAUUUUUGGAGGGACCGAGAUUGUUGUAAAAGUCGUUGACAAGGAGUCGGGUGAAAUGAUGUUAAAAUCUGUUGAUUUUCUUGGAUAA